AUGCCAGAAAUAUUAUCCCUGCCUCUAACCUUUUUUUUGUUUUUACUGUUAUUCUAUUUUUCAUCUGCUGACAACAACUCCGAUGGAGAUGGAAGAUCCAACGGCAACGGCAACUACUCGGGCAGUUUUCUGAAGGUGUACUCUUUUGGGGAGUCGGAGACAGACACGGGAAACGCGCACGCCAUCGGGAACCUUAAAGAACAUGUGCAGCGGGUGUCGUCCUUGCCGCAAACAUUUCAUACGUACAACAAUCGGAGGUUGACCGACGGCCGAUUGAUCAUUGAUCAUGUUGCGGAAUCCCUGUCUCUACAACCGCCGAUCCCCUACCAGAGCGUUUCCGGGACGGCGAGAAGCGGCGCAAGCGCUUCGUUCUCCCACCAUCACCAAAUCUCUAGUAGUCAUUCGUUUUCUAUGUCUUCGCAUCACAACGUCAGUACUUCCGUGCAUGGCGGCGCAGCGAGUGGCUCGAUGUCGGCUCACGGCGGAGCGAGUGGUUCGAUGUCGGCUCACGGCGGAGCUAGUGGUUCGAUGUCGACUCACGGCGGAGCGAGUGCUUCGGUGUCGGCUCACGGCGGAGCGAGUGCUUCGGUGUCGGCUCACGCCGGAGCGAGUGCGUCGAUGUCGGCUCAUGGCGGAUCGAGUGUUUCGAUGUCGGCUCACGGCGGAUCGAGUUCUGAAACGUCGGCUCACGGCGGAUCGAGUUCUUCGAUGUCGGCUCACGGCGGAUCGAGUGCUUCGAUGUCGGCUCACGGCGGAUCGAGUUCUUCGAUGUCUAGUCACGGCGAAUCGAGUUCUUCGAUGUCUAGUCACGGCGGUUCGAGUUCUUCGAUGUCUAGUCACGGCGGAUCGAGUUCUUCGAUGUCUAGUCACGGUGGAUCGAGUUCUGAAAUGUCGGGCCAUGGUGGAGCAAGUUCUGAAAUGUCGAGUGACGGUUCAUCAAACAAUGGCAAAGAUGAAUCAUCAUCAUCAUCAAAGAGCAAUGCAGAUGAAUCAUCAGCAAAGAGCACAGAUGAGUCAUCGUCAAAGGGCGGCACAGAUGAUGAAUCAUCAAAGGGAAGUACAGAUACCUCAUCAUCAAAAAACAGUACAAGUGAGUCAUCAUCAAAGAGUGGCAAAGAUGAAUCAUCAUCAAAGGGCGGCACAGAUGAUACUUCAUCAUCAAAGAGCAGCACAGAUGAGUCGUCAUCAAAGAGCAGUACAGAAGAAUCAUCAUCAAAGGGUGGCACAGGUGAUGAAUCAUCUAAGAGAAGCACAGAUACCUCAUCAUUAAAAAACAGUACAGGUGAGUCAUCAUCACAGAGCAACACGGACGAGUCAUCAUCAAAGAAUGACAAAGAUGAAUCAUCAAAGGGCGCUAAAGAUGAAUCGUCAUCAAAGGGCGGAACAAAUGAUACUUCAUCAUCAAAGAGCAGCACAGACGAGUCAUCAACAAAGGGCAGCACGGAUAAUACUUCAUCAUCAAAGAGCAACACAAAUGAGUCAUCAUCAAAAAGUAGCAUAGACGAGUCAUCAUCAAAGAAUGACAAAGAUGAUUCAUCAUCAAAAGGUGGUACAGAUGAUACUUCAUCAUCAAAGAGCAGCAUAGACGAGUCAUCAUCAAAGGGCGGCACAGAUGAUGAAUCAUCUAAGGGGAACACAGAUACCUCAUCAUCAAAAAGCAGUACAGGUGAGUCAUCAUCAAAGAGCAGCGCAGAUGAGUCAUCAUCAAAGAGUAACAAAGAUGAAUCAUCAUCAACCGAUGGUAGCAGUGCCUCAUCUACAAACAAUAGCACAAAUGCUUCAUCAUCACAGAGUAACACAAACUCUUCAUCAUCAAUAAGUGGAAACGAUGGUUCAUCCUCAAAUAGUAGCACAAAUGAUUCAUCAUCAAAAACCAGCACAGGUCGUUCAUCGUCCAUCGAUGGCAAAGAUACUUCAUCUUCAGAGAACUGCACAUAUGCUUCAUCAUCAAAAACUAAAAAUAAUACUACAUCGUCAUCAUCAAUGGGUAGUUGUGAUCAUUCACCAUCAGAGGGUGGUAAAGAUUAUUCAAAUUCAAAGAGUCACAAAGAUCAUUCAUCAUCAAAGAACCAUAAAGAUUCCUCAAAGUCAAAGAGCAGCACAGAUGAGUCAUCAUCAAAGGGUGGCACAGAUGAUGAAUCAUCUAAGGGAAGCACAGAUACCUCAUCAUCAAAAAAUAGUACAGGUGAGUCAUCAUCAAAGAGCAGCAUAGAUGAGUCAUCAUCAAAGGAUGGUAAAGAUGAAUCAUCAUCAAAGGACGACACAGAUGAAUCAUCAUCAAAGGGCGGAAUAGAUGAUACUUCGUCAUCAAAGAGCAACACAGAUGAGUCAUCAUCAAAAAACAGCACAGACGAGUCAUCAUCAAAGAGUGGCAAAGAUGAUUCGUCAUCAAAAGGUGACACAAAUGAUACGUCAUCAUCAAAGAGCAGCACAGAUGAUUCAUCAUCAAAGGGCGACAUAGAUGAUUUAUCAUCUAAGGGGAGCACAAAUACCUCAUCAUCAAAAAGCAGUACAAGUGAGUCAUCUUCAAACAACAGCACGAACGAAUCAUCAUCAAAGAGUGGCAAAGAUGAAUCAUCAUCAAAAGGCGGCACAGAUGAUACUUCAUCAUCAAAGAGCAGCACAAAUGAGUCAUCAUCAAAAAACAACACAGAUGAGUCAUCAUCAAAGAGUGGCAAAGAUGAUUCAUCAUCAAAAGGUGGUACAGAUGAUACUUCAUCAUCAAAGAGCAGCAUAGAAGAGUCAUCAUCAAAGAGUGGCACAGAUGAUGAAUCAUCUAAGGGAAACACAAAUACCUCAUCAUCAAAAAGCAGUACAGAUGAGUCAUCAUCAAAGAGCAGCGCGGAUGAGGCAUCAUCAAAGAGUAGCAAAGAUGAAUCAUCAUCAACCGGUGGCAGCGACACCUCAUCCACAAACAAUAGCACAAAUGCUUCAUCAUCACAAAAUAACACAGAUUCUUCAUCAUCAAUAAGUGGAACCGAUGGUUCAUCCUCAAAUAGUAGCACAAAUGAUUCAUCAUCAAAAACCAACGCAGAUCAUUCAUCGUCAAUCGGUGGCAUAGAUACUUCAUCUUCAGUAAAUUGCACAUAUGCUUCAUCAUCAAAGACUGAAAAUAAUACUACAUCGUCAUCAUUAAUGGGUGGCUGUGAUCAUUCACCAUCAACGGGUGGUAAAGAUUAUUCAAAUUCAAAGAGUCACAAAGAUCAUUCAUCGUCAAAGAACCAUAAAGAUUCCUCAAAGUCAAAGAGUCACAAAGAUCAUUCAUCAUCAAAGAGUCAUAAAGAUUCUUCAAAGUCAAAGAGUCACAAAGAUCAUUCAUCAUCAAAGAGCCAUAAAGAAUCUUCGAAGUCAAAGAGUGACAAAGAUCAUACAUCAUCAAAGAGCCAUAAAGAAUCUUCACAGUCAAAGAGUGACAAAGAUCAUUCAUCAUCAAAGAGCCAUAAAGAAUCUUCAAAGUCAAAGAGUGUCAAAGAACAUUCAUCAUCAAAGAACCAUAAAGAAUCUUCAAAGUCAAAGAGUUACGAAGAUCACUCAUCAUUAAAGAGCCAUGAACAUUCUUCAAAGUUAAAGAGUGACAAAGAUCAUUCACCAUCAAAGAGCCAUAAAGAAUCUUCAAAGUCAAAGAGUGUCAAAGAACAUUCAUCAUCAAACAGCAAUAAAAAUUCUUCAAAGUCAAAGAGUUACGAAGAUCACUCAUCAUCGAAGAGCAAUAAACAUUCUUCAAAGUUAAAGAGUGACAAAGAUCAUUCAUCUUCAAAGAGGCAUAAAGAUUCUUCAAAGUCAAAGACUCACAAUGAUCAUUCAUCAUCAAAGGACAAUAAAGAGUCUUCAUCGGCAAAGUGCAAUAAUGAUUAUUCAUCAUCACAAAGCGGUAAGGAUUCUUCAUUAUCACAAAUUAGUAACAAUUCUUCAUCAUCACAAAGUAGUAAGGAUUAUUCAUCUGCAGAAAGUAGCCAAGAUAAUUCAUCACCAAAGGGUGGCAUAGAUGUUUCAUCGUCCAGUGGCAACAUAGAUGCUUCAUCCUCAAAUAAUGGUUCAAAUACUUCAUCAUCAAAUUGCAACACAGAUACUUCAUCAUCGAAGAGCAAUGUAGAUACUUCAUCUUCAAAUAUCAACACAGAUACUUCAUCAUCAAAGAGUAAUGCAAAUACAUCAUCUUUAAAUGAUAAUACAAAUGAUGAUACAAACAAUGACUCAAAUACUUCAUCAUCAGAGAGCAAUGCAAAUACAUCAUCUUCAAAUGAUGAUACAAAUGCUUCAUCAUCAAAUAAUGAUACAAACAAUGCCUCAAAUACUUCAUCGUCAAAUAGCAACACAAAUACUUCAUCAUCGAAGAGUAAUGCAGAUACUUCAUCUUCAAAUAGCAACACAGAUACUUCAUCAUCGAAGAGUAAUGCAGAUAAGUCAUCUUCAAAUAAUGAUACAAAUGGUUCAUCAUCAAAGAGUAAUAAAGAUAUUUCAUCAUCAAACGAAGACACAAAUGCUUCAUCAUCAAACACAGACACUUCAUCUUCAAAGAACAACACAGACGCUUCAUCUUCAGAGGACAACAAAGAUACGUCAUCAUCAAAUAGUGAGACAGGCACGUCAUCAUCAAAUAGCAACACAAAUGGUUCAAAUGAUGAUACAAAUGCAUCAAAUAGCAACACAAAUGGUUCAAAUGAUGAUACAAAUGCUUCAUCAUCAAAUGAAGACACAAAUGCUUCAUCAUCAAACACAGACACUUCAUCCUCAAAGAACAACACAGACGCUUCAUCUUCAAAGGACAACAAAGAUACGUCAUCAUCAAAUAGCAACACAAAUGGUUCAAAUGAUGAUACAAAUGCUUCAUCAUCAAAUGAAGACACAAAUGCUUCAUCGUCAAACACAGACACUUCAUCCUCAAAGAACAACACAGGCGCUUCAUCUUCAGAGGACAACAAAGAUACGUCAUCAUCAAAUAGUGAGAUAGGCACAUCAUCAUCAAAUAGCAACACAAAUGGUUCAAAUGAUGAUACAAAUGUUUCAUCAUCAAAUGAAGACACAAAUGCUUCAUCGUCAAACACAGACACUUCAUCCUCAAAGAACAACACAGGCGCUUCAUCUUUAGAGGACAACAAAGAUACGUCAUCAUCAAAUAGUGAGACAGGCACGUCAUCAUCAAAUAGCAACACAAAUGGUUCAAAUGAUGAUACAAAUGCUUCAUCAUCAAAUGAAGACACAAAUGCUUCAUCGUCAAACACAGACACUUCAUCCUCAAAGAACAACACAGGCGCUUCAUCUUUAGAGGACAACAAAGAUACGUCAUCAUCAAAUAGUGAGACAGGCACGUCAUCAUCAAAUAGCAACACAAAUGGUUCAAAUGAUGAUACAAAUGUUUCAUCAUCAAAUGAAGACACAAAUGCUUCAUCGUCAAACACAGAUACUUCAUCCUCAAAAAACAACACAGACGCUUCAUCUUCAGAGGACAACAAAGAUACGUCAUCAUCAAAUAGCAACACAAAUGGUUCAAAUGAUGAUACAAAUGCUUCAUCAUCAAACACAGACACUUUAUCCUCAAAGAACAACACAAACGCUUCAUCUUCAGAGAACAACAAAGAUACUUCAUCAUCAAAUAGCGAGACAGGCACGUCAUCAUCAAAUAGCAACACAAAUGGUUCAAAUGAUGAUACAAAUACUUCAUCAUCAAAGAGUAAUAAAGAUAUUUCAUCAUCAAACGACGACACAAAUGCAUCAUCAUCAAACACAGACACUUCAUCCUCGAAGAACAACACAGACGCUUCAUCUUCAAAGAACAACAAAGAUACUUCAUCAUCAAAUAGUGAGAUAGGCACAUCAUCAUCAAAAAGCAACACAGAUGAUUCAUCGUCAAACAGUAACACUGAAGAUUCAUCUUCAAAAGGCAACAUUGACGCUUCAAUGUCAAAUAACAACACAAGCACUUCAUCAUCACAAAGCAAUACACAUGAUUCAUCCUCGACGAGCAACACAAACACUUCACCUUCAGAAAGUAACACAGAUUCUGCAUCUUCUAAUAGCGGCACAAAUGCUUCAUCGGCUAAUAACACGAAUUCUUCAUCGUCAAAAAGUGGAACAAAUGAUUCAUCAUCAAUGGAUAAAGAAGGUGGUUCAUCAUUAAACAACCAGACAGGUGCUUCAGGCGAAACAAAUGAUUCAUCAUCAAUGGAUAACACCGGUGCUUCAUCAGCAAAAAGCCACAUAGGUGGUUCAUCAUCACAUAGCAUUUCGGGUGGUUCAUCAUCACAUAGUAUUUCGGGUGGUUCAUCAUCACAUAGCACUUCAAGUGGUUCAUCAUCACAUGGCAUUUCAGGUGAUUCAUCAUCACAUGGAAUUUCAGCUGGUGGUUCAUUAUCCCAUAAUGUUUCAUGGUCACGUCAUAGCCAUAAAAGUUCUUCAUGGUCAAGUAGUGGCACAAGUGCUUCAAUGAGUUCUGAGUCUGGAAUGAAUUUUGCUAUUGCUGGAUCAACAUCUCUCUCCAGAGAGUACUACACCUCUAAUAAAGCACAUUCGUUCACUUGGACAAACAUUCCUCUUAACUUUCACUCUCAAAUAAUUUGGUUCAACAAGUUUUUGCAAUCUAAGGGCUGUCAUAAUGCUGCUGAUGCUCGUUGUAAGGCUGAUAUUGAGAAUGCACUCUUCUGGUUAGGUGCAAUAGGUGUCUCAGAUUACUUCCAAAUCAAUAGCAAGUCUAUCGUUUCUAUGCGAGGAAUCUCACAGUUAUGCAUUCAUCAUACCACACAACUUCUUCAGGCGGUGCUCAAUGCAGGAGCAAAACACAUUGUAGUACAAGGUUUACCACCAGUAGGCUGCUUUCCUGUAAGCAUAUCUUCAUGUCCAGCUCAAGAACUUGAUCAGAUGGGGUGUAAUUCAAAUGUAAACACGGCAAUAGACCUUCACAAUAAACUGCUCCAGAAGAUUAUCGAAAGGUUCAGAAGGCAGUACCCUCAGUGCACAAUCAUAUAUGCAAAUUACUGGAAGGCAUUCUUAACAAUAUUCAAUGAUCCUGGAAAUUACAAUUUCAAGGAGACUAAAAAAGCAUGUUGUGGGGGAGGAGGAGGAGAAUUCAACUUUGAUAGGAACACGAUGUGUGGCAUGUCUGGUGCGUCCAAAUGCUCAGAUCCUGAUGAUUACAUUAGCUGGGAUGGUAUUCACCUCUCUGGAGCCAUGAAUAAGCAUCUGUCUGAGCUCUUGCUCAAUCAAGACUAUUGUGAACCACCAUUUUCUGAGCUGGUCAAUAAGAAAACUAGUACUGGAUUAAUGCAGAAAUAG